GAGGGAGCGACGCGGAUGGGUUGCUCUUGCACUGGGGCGCGCGGACGCGGCGAGGCGGGGAGUGGGUGGCGCCGCAGAGCGCGUUGAAGCGCGUGCCGAACGGGUCGCGCGCGCCCGAUGAUCGAUCGUGUGAAUCGAAGUUCGAGGAUGACGGACGGGGGGGGCAGGUGAUCGAGAUUGACGUCGAGGCGCGUCGGGAGGAUGUGUGCGAAAUCGUCUUUCUCAUUCGGACGCGCGAUUGCAAGGUGUGGUUCAAGGUGAAUGGGGAAGAUAUCACGAUCCCAGUGGAGGAUAAUUUUGCUACGCGCUUCGUAGAACGGGUUCCCGAGGACGAAGGACGCGCCGAACGCCGGGAGCGCGAGGAGGUGAAGGCGCAAGAUCCUCCUCCUCCUCCGCCGCCGCCGUCGGCAAAGCCAGUAGAGGAUGUGCAGUUCGCAGCUUUGAAUCAAUGGCGAGGACAAGAAGUGAAGUUACAGAGGCACAAGGGUGGAUACGGCGAUCGCAACCUUCGCUGGAACACCGAUAAUCUCGCGGACGCCGCUCGACGAAUCGUCGAGGGAGACAGAGAUUCUUCGUCGUGGCGUCAAAAACUUCAAAUGGUUGAAAAGGUUUUGUGUGACAACGGUGCCGACGUCGAUUCACUGGCGUACGUCACGGUCUAUCUAUUCUGGAUUUCGGUCGGCGCGAUCAUGUGCGUCGAAGACGGCACGCAUUACCGACCGAACCAUCACGCCGGUUCCGCCGAGCGCAUGUAUGGCGCCAUUGAAGCCGCGGAGCGCUGCGCCCACGAAAUCGCGAACGGUGGCGAUCAUCAUCGCGCUCGCGAACUUCGCGCGCUCAUCCGUCGUUUACACCCGCGUCUCCCGGCUUUCACCGCUGAGUUCACGCAGAGCGUGCCGUUGACUCGCAUUCGAGAUAUCGCGCACGGGAAGGGAGAUACGAACGGCAAGUGCCGAGAUGUCCGACAAGAAAUCAAGCACACGAUUCAGAAUAAGCUCCAUCGCUGCGCAGGUCCCGAAGAUCUCGUCGCCACGGAAGCCAUGCUCGCAAAGCUCACCGCACCGGGCACAGAUUACCCCGAAGAGUUCGUCAACGAGUUCAAGAUUUUCUAUCGCGAGCUCAAGGAAUUCUUCAACGCAUCCUCCGUCGCCGAUCGCAUCGAUCGCAUCGCGAAUGAGAACGGAGCGCCUGGUCGGGCCUCGGAAGCGUCAAAGGCGUUUCUUACCGCAAAGUUGAACGUCGACGCACUUCCUCAGAGCGAUGGCAUCGGCGAUCAAGCCAUGAUGCGCACUUUGGUUGAGUGCUUGCGUGCGUUACACGGCGCUCGAACGGAGAUUUGCGCCGCUUUAGAGCAAGGUGGAGAUCUGGAGCACGCGCAGGCGUCUAUGCGCCAGCAAUGGCGCCUUGCCGAAGUGAGUAUGGAAGAUUAUGCGUUCGUACUCCUGAGUCGUUUGCUCAACACGCUCGGUGCCGAAGCGGAGCCUCCAAGGAACGAUAUCAGCGCAGGUGAAGUGAAACUGGCUCUCGAGGCUCUCGCCUUGACCUCUCGAAUCAUGGCUUUAAGCGCUGGCGGCGACCACGAAUUGGAAGCGACCGCAUCCGAAGCAGAGGUAUUGGCACAUCAAGGCUUACCUGAGGGCGAGGAAGGAGGUCUACGCGUACAAGCCAUCGCAGAACGCGCACGUCGCGCUGCCGUCGACUUUUGCUCGCUUCUUGAAUCUCUAUUCGAUGGUCGAGCCUCGAGUCUUGGUGAUGCGCUCGGCAUCGAUCGAGAUUCGGUCAGCGUGUUUACGGAAGGACAAAUUCGAGCGAGCGUCGUGUUCCAAUCGGCUAAGUUCGCCUCGCUGUUGCUGCGAGUCAGUAGACGAAUCACCGGCGCCGCCGGCUGGGAUUGCGUCGUUCAAGGCGAAGCAAUCGGGACGCUCAAGAGCGUCAUGCGUCUCACUCCCGAGGAGUGUGCAAGCUUCAAAGAGCCCGUGAUCUUACUUGUCGCAAACGCUGACGGCGACGAGGAAGUGUCGACGUGCGGUCCAUACGUUCGUGGUAUCGUGCUCUGUCACGCUCUGCCUCAUCUCAGUCAUCUCGCGCUACGUGCACGACAAGCGCAAGUUCCUCUCAUCGCCGUUGAAGACGAGAAUCUCGUCGACCAUGCACGUUCCCUGUUGGAUAAGUCAACUGUUAAGCUUUCGGCGAACGCGUCGACCAUCAAACUCGAGGAGACGAACGAAACAGUGACAGUGGACACUGCAGUUUCUCAGCAAUCGGAAAAGCCCACGCUUCACCUCGACGCUGAUCUCUCUCGCGCUUCGACGGUUCUCAGUCUCGUGGACUUGGACGAGCGAGGUCUCAAAGAUUCCAUUCGUAUCGCGGGGACGAAGUCUGCGAUGUGCGCUCGGUUGAGUUCGAUCGCCGCUCGAUCAUCACACCCCUUUGCGGCUCCGGCGGGAGUCGUCAUUCCUUUCGGCGCAAUGGAGUAUGCCGCUGCAAGUGUGGGCGAUCUUGAACGUCUGGAUGGGAUGAUCCACAGUCUGAACGCGAUGACACAAGAUCCUGAACAGAUACGUGAAACGUGCGAGGCGAUACAAUCUCUCAUUCGAGGACUUCGACCGUCUUCAGGCACUUUCCAAGUCACUGCGCAGAAAUUCGGGCCUAACGCGCGAGUCAUGGUGCGAAGCAGCGCCAACGUCGAAGAUCUCGAAGGGAUGUCCGCGGCUGGUUUGUACGAUUCUAUCCCCAACGUGAGUUUGCACGAUGAAGACGCGUUCGGGCGCGCCGUUGCUGACGUUUGGGCUUCUCUGUACACGACGAGAGCCGUCGCGUCUCGCGCCGCUGCUGGCAUCGACCACCUCGAGGCGAACAUGUGUGUGCUCGUGCAAGAGAUGCUCUCUCCUGAAGUCAGCUUCGUGCUUCACACCAAGCACCCGCUAACGAACGAUCCGAAAUCGGCGUACUUGGAGUUCGCUCUCGGGCUCGGCGAGACGUUGGCGUCCGGCGCCGUUCGCGGUACGCCUUGUCGUGUCAGCGUUGACAGAGAGUCCCGACGAGCCACGGUGAACGCCUUCGCGUCGUUCGGAACCGCACUCGUACGCGACGAUGAGUCUCCAUCGGGUAUGAAAUCCGUUGCCGCCAAUUACACUACUCACUGGCUUCAAACUGACGCCAAGAAACGCGAGGACAUUGUGGGUAAACUUGUCGACAUCGGCUCAAUGCUCGAGCGAGAGCUCAGUCCGAGCUCCGACGAGCUCCUCGCCCAAGACAUCGAGGGUUGCAUCCUUCCCGAUGGACAGAUCUACAUCGUCCAGGCGCGCCCUCAGCCUUAG